AUGAACAUGGUUUUCAUAUUGAUUUGUAUCUUUGCUGUGAUAAGCUGCAUUGAAGCGGCUUUAAUCUAUACCACAAAUUCGGAAUUUGGUAUUUUUAUGGCCAUUUCUGUGCCUUUAGGUUUGCCACAUCGCAAUGUUUUCUUGUCGUACAAUUAUGAAUAUAAUUUCUAUCAACCCGAACAUAUAUACAAAUAUCCACCAAUAUUGAUGGGUGACUAUACAGACAGCUAUUUGACCUACCCAACGACUGGAAGAAAUUUCAAUACCACAAAGUCACAUGGAAAACGUGAUCUUCGUCUGUCGUCAAUGACUCGUUCUGAUUUUUAUGUCAUGCUCAAAGAUAAAAUGGAAAGAUCUGGCUAUCCGGCUGAGUCUUGUCUUUUGCGUUCAAUAUGCGAGACAAAUGCAUCGACUUUGGGCACAACAAAUGGUUUUCUAGGCAAUUUGGUUCAUAUAAUAUUCUCGCCCAGCAGUUCAAGAGAUGAGAAUUUACCCCAGAGAUAUUAUCAAGCCGAAUGGAUGGGUCGUCAUAAGUCAGACUGUUCAAUGUAUACGUUAGAGUGUAAGGAGAAUAUCUUGGAUUUGAUCUCAAUGUCAGUAGAGCAAAUUGUACAAAGAAGAAGGAGAAAAUAAAAAAUGUUUUACGAAACUUGCAAGUAGCUUUGGGCAAUUUAUUUACCUAGCCAAUUAGACCGCUUUAAACGUGCGCAUUAUUGGUGCUAACAUUUUGUUUGAAAUCAAGUGAUUCUAUUAUACCCUUUACCAAG